AAUCGAAUCACUUGUUUUUCAGUACUAGUGAAAUUAUUAUAUUUAUUUUGAUAUAUAUUUUGUUUUAAAAGUUUUAAUUUGUUGUAUUUUCCAAGACGCCAUAAGAAAUGGAGAUGGAGAGAGGUGAUAUGUGUCAAAGUUUAAUUGAAUGGUUUAAAACCCUAAAUUUGACGGCACCGCAUUCCAAUUUAGAAGAACUGUCUGAUGGAGUUGCUUUGGCACAGGCUUUAAACCAAUUUGCUCCUGAGGUCUUUACAAAUUUGUGGUUGUCGAAAAUUAACUCGGGGAUUAACUGGCGUUUGAAGAUGAGUAAUUUAAAGAAGGUUAUUGAAGGCGUUUAUGAUUAUUAUAGUGAUGUAUUAAGUUAUUCACUGGCGGACUUUCCACGCCCCGAUGCACAACGUAUUGCAGAGAAAUGUGAUGCUGGUGAGCUGGAGCGUCUAUUACAGCUGGUACUCGGCUGUGCAGUAAACUGCGUUGCCAAACAAGAUUACAUUCGACAAAUAAUGUCCUUAGAGGAAUCACUACAAGCUAAUAUAAUGCGUGCUUUGCAAGAUCUUGAGUCGACUUGGCAAGGAGGGAAAGGCAGUCUCCUCUGUUCCUCCAGUUCUCUGAGCAUAGCGAAUUUCGAUUACAAGAUAUUACAAGAAGAACGAGACGCCUUAGCUCAAAAAUGCUUCGAAGCUGAAAAUAAGAUGUUAUUACUGAUCGAAGAAAAAUCCGGUAUGCAACAAGAACUUGCUAAGUUACAAGUCGAAGUCGAACGUUUAACAUCCAACAUUGCUGCAAUUGGAGACGAUGGAGUGUCAUUAGGACCUGUUCAAGCUGGUUCAGCACGCUAUAGUGAACUUCGGCGACAACUAGAUCGGAUGAAAGAGGAACUCAUACAGUCAGAUGCCACUCGGGAAGAUUUGAAAUUAAAAGUUCAACAACAAGAAAAGGAGAUUCAAUCCAUGCAGCAACGUAUUGAUGAGUUAACAAAAAAUACUUCUGAACUAAUCCAACUAAAGGAUGAAGUGGAUGUGCUGCGCGAAUCAAACGAUAAAUUGAAAGAGUAUGAAAUUCAAUUGGAAACAUACAAGAAGAGAUUGGAAGAGUAUAAUGAUUUAAAGAAGCAUAGUAAAAUUUUAGAAGAGAGAAGUGCUGAUUACGUACAACAAAUUAUGCAAUUCGAAGAAGAUGCAAAAAAAUCUGCCACCCUAAAGGGUCAAGUAGAACUUUUCAAAAAUAAGAUUCAAGACUUACAUACGCAGCUUGAUGGAGAAAUGAGCAAAAAUGUCAAACUGGAGUUUGAUAAUAAAAAUCUUGAAAGUAAUAUCAGUGCAUUGCAGCGAGCUAAGGAAAGUUUACUGAAAGAGCGCGAUAAUCUUCGCGAAGCUUUAGAUGAACUUAAAUGCGGGCAGCUGUCAACGAGUUCGGGCAGCUUAAAUGGCAACACAAUGUGUAAAGAGCUUCAGCCGACUGCACUUGCGGAAAAAGUACACAGAUUAGAAUUAGAAAAUAAGGCUUUGCGAGAAGGUCAAGGUGGCCAAACAGCAUUAACGCAACUAUUGGAUGAUGCAAAUAAGCGCAAUGAAAAUCUACGCGAACAACUGAAAUCAGCAAAUGAACGAAUUCUUUCCUUAUCGCACGCAUCACAGAGUGGCGAUCCGAAUCUUAAAGAGUUCGAGUUUGGUAAACAGAUUAAGCAACUUAUGGAGUUGAACGAGCAGAAAACAAUACAGCUAGAAGAAUCGGUUUCUCAGAAUGUAUCAUUGCAAAGCAAGAUAACUCAGUUGGAAAAUACACUUACAACACGCGAGCAAGACCUUCUAGCUUAUGAUGCAAAAUAUAGAAAAUGCGUUGAAAAGGCGAAGGAAGUCAUCAAAAAUCUAGAUCCGCGAUUUGCCAAUGUUAUCGAAGCAAAUCUGCUUGAACGGCCUCAGGACUCUGAAGAGGAACCCAAGGCAAGAAUGAGUACGGUGGAGGAGCGUUUAAUGACAACAGCUUUUUACAGAUUGGGUGUGAAUGCACAGCGUGAUGCAAUAGACGCGAAACUUGCGUUGCUAAUGGGACAGGGACAAACAUUUUUGGCUCGUCAACGGCAAUCAGCACCUAGAAAAUCGUUAACAACUUUCAAGAACAAAUAAAAAUCUGUGAGCUCACACAGCAAUUCGUUAUAUUUUAUGAAAUAAGAUGGAAAUAGACGCAAAACUUAUUUCAAGAUGUGUACCCGAAAGCACACCAAAAGUUAAUUCUAUGAUAAAUUAAUUUGAGUAUUACAAUCAGUGGCCGAAAUCUAAUUAAACAAUUUUAUGCAUACGGUGGCUCACAGCUUAUUUCGUGCAACCAUUUAUUUUAAAGAAAAUGUAUGACGUUUUUUUAUUACAUAAGUGGUUUUUUUUCAAAAAAUCGUAAAUAGUUAGUAAAAAUCUUCAUACAUUUUUAAGUUUACCUAAACACACGAGAUAAGUUGUAUUAAAAAUUAAAUCUAAAAUUACUUUGAAUUUACUUGUUGCUGUUCAUAAUUCUAAUAUAUGAAUCUUUGAAUGUUCAUUUGAGGUUUUUUGAAACAAAAAAAAAUGACGUAAAAAAUAUCCCACAGUUUUUGAAUAAAGGAUCACACGAAAUAAACUGUGAGCCGCUGUAUGUAUGCACCUUUUAUAUGUUUAUUCCUUUUUAUUAAUCAUAUAUAAUCGGAAAGAUCCUAUACAUAUGAUUAUGAUUCUGACCAAAGAAAAUAUGAAGUUUUUCCGAACAUUUGAAUUUAUAAAUUUGUUCCGAUAUUAUACCUAUAUAUUUCAUAAACUAUAGGCCACAUUGUUAAUGUAUACAUUUACUAGUAUUAAAAAUAUAAAUUAUACGUAUAUUUAAAAUUUUA